GGCUCCUUCCCUCCCCCGGGCCCGGACCCUUCACCGCCGCCCGGCCCCGCUGUUGUUGCCGCUGUUGCCGCCGCUGUUGUUGUUGUCAGCGCCGGGAGCGAGUGCAGGCCCCGCUGCUGUAGCCGCCGCUGCGCCGCCAUGUCCAUCUUCCAGUCGGCCAUCGACUUCCUGGCGGGCUCCCAGGGCCCGGCCGGCGGCCGCGACCACAGCGACUUCGUGGGGCAGACGGUGGAGCUGGGGGAGGCCAAGCUGCGGAUCAAGCGGGUCAUCGCCGAGGGUGGCUUUGCGUUUGUUUAUGAAGCCCAGGAUCUUGGUAGUGGGAGAGACUAUGCGUUAAAGAGACUUCUAUCAAACGAGGAAGAGAAGAGUAAAGCAAUAAUUCAGGAAGUUUGUUUUAUGAAGAAACUUUCAGGGCAUCCUAACAUUGUACAGUUCAGCUCGGCAGCUUCUAUAGGAAAAGAAGAAUCUGACACUGGACAAGGAGAAUACCUUAUACUCACAGAACUAUGUAAAGGGCAGCUGCUUGAGUUUAUAAAGAAGGCUGAAGCAAAUGCCACCCUGUCAUGUAAUACAGUGCUGAAAAUAUUCUACCAGGCAUGCCGUGGAGUGCAACACAUGCACAAACAGAAACCACCAAUCAUUCAUCGAGAUCUGAAAGUUGAAAACCUCUUGGUCAGUAACCAAGGAACAAUCAAGCUGUGUGAUUUUGGCAGUGCCACCAGCAUCGCACACUAUCCAGACUAUAGCUGGUCCGCGCAACAGAGGGCAAUGGUAGAAGAGGAGAUUACACGGAAUACAACGCCAAUGUACAGGACACCAGAGAUAAUUGACCUUUAUUCCAAUUACCCGAUCAAUGAGAAGCAAGAUAUUUGGGCCUUGGGUUGCAUUCUGUACAUGUUGUGCUUCAAGCAACACCCAUUUGAAGAUGGAGCUAAACUUGGAAUAGUGAAUGGAAAGUACUCUAUUCCUGCAAGUGAUACGAAAUACAAUGUUUUUCACGACCUCAUUCGUAAUAUGAUGAAGAUAAAUCCCCAGGAGAGGACGAGUAUAACCGAGGUUGUGAACCAGCUGCAGGAGAUAGCUGCUGCGAGGAAUAUUAAUCUGAAAUCUCCGAUCACAGAGUUCCUGGAGCAGAAUGGAGGAAUCAGCAACAGCACGGUAGCAAGUUCAAAGCCGCAUUGGAACAAGCCGGGAGGACCUCUGAACAAUGUGCAUAAUGCAGGUGUUGAAAAUGACGUGUCACACCAGGGAGGGUUGUUUGACAUACUCAAAGGAGGCACGGAGAGGUUCCUGACGAACAUCAAGGAUACAUCCUCAAAGAUGAUCCAGUCAGUUGCCAAUUAUGCGAAAGGAGAUUUGGACAUUUCGUACGUAACCUCUAGAAUAGCCGUUAUGUCGUUUCCAGCUGAGGGUGUGGAGUCGGCCAUCAAGAAUAACAUUGAAGAUGUCAGGUUGUUUCUAGAUUCCCGGCAUCCAGGUCAUUAUGCUGUUUAUAAUCUCUCUCAGCGCUCGUACAGAUCAUCCAGAUUCCAUAACAGGGUUUCGGAAUGCGGUUGGCCUACGAGACGUGCCCCAAGUCUGCAAAAUCUGUACAACAUUUGCAAGAAUAUGCACUUGUGGUUGAAGCAAGAUACAAAGAAUAUUUGUGUUGUCCAUUGCCUUGAUGGCCGAGCAGCAUCCGCAGUGGUAGUCUGUUCCUUCCUCUGCUUUUGCCGCCUCUUCACCACGGCUGAAGCUGCCGUGUACAUGUUCAGUAUGAAGAGGUCACCACCCGGUAUCUGGGCUUCCCACAAAAGGUAUGUGGAAUACAUGUGCGACAUGAUGGCAGAAGAACCGAUAAUCCCACAUAACAAAUGCAUCCUGAUCAAGUCCAUUGUGAUGACACCAGUUCCUCUAUUUAACAAACAACGCAAUGCCUGUCGGCCAUUUUGUGAGAUAUAUGUCGGCGAUGAGCGGGUGGUGACCACCUCCGAAGAAUAUGAUAAACUGAGGGAAUUUAAAGUCGAAGAUGGCAAGGCAAUAAUACCACUGAGUUUAAGUAUCCAAGGUGAUGUCCUUAUCGUGAUCUUUCACGCCAGAUCAACACUUGGAGGAAGACUGCAAGCAAAGAUGACUUCAAUGAAGAUGUUUCAGAUUCAGUUCCACACUGGAUUUGUGCCCAGAAAUGCUACCUCAGUCAAGUUUGCAAAGUAUGAUCUUGAUGCAUGCGACAUCCAGGAGAAAUAUCCCGACCUCUUCCAAGUAACUCUGGAGGUGGAGGUGGAGCCUCAGGAGAACUCCAGGAGUAACCUUCCACCCUGGGAAAACUUUAUGACAAAGGGCCUCAAUCCGAAGAUCCUCUUCUCCAGUCGCGAAGAACAGCAGGAGAUGCUUUCUAAAUUUGGGAAACCUGAGCUGCCUCGACAGCCAGGGUCAACAGCACAGUACGAUGCGGAGAGCCCGAAAUCGGACCGCGCUUCAGAGAACACAAGUGAAGACGAGGCAUCGCAUCAGAACAGCGAUACUUCCAACAGCUUUUUCGAGACACUAAAUUGGGAAGCAGAGGGAAGAGAGGGAAGAGAGGAUGCCGGGACUGCCGAGGAACAGUCUCCAGAUGAUGAUCAUCCGGACCUGGAGGAGGAAUGCAGUCCGUCGGAAGACGACUUUGCGGCUUUCUCCAGUGAACGCAGUUUCGUGAGGGCCGAUGAGCCGGAGAGCCCAACUCAGCCCGACUCGGAACAAGUGAGCAAGGUCAGUUUCUUCUUCGAGGUGGACAUCGACGAGGCAGCGGAGCAAGGCGCGAGGCGUUCUUCCGAGGACAGCGUGGACCUGCUGGGUCUCAACAGCGCCGACCAGCCCGACGUGGCUCCUCCGGCAGUGGAGAUGAUGAGCUCGUCCAGCAACGCCGACCUGUUGAGCGAUUUGUUUUCCGGAGCUCCGCCUGACGUGCAGCACGAUAGCUCCACGGACCUCAUUGGGGGAGGGGACGAUUUCUUCUUCAGCACAGCACCUCCACCGUCGGUGGAACCAGUUCCUGCAGUUCCGCCACCACAGGCUUCAGCAGACUCCUUUGAUCCGUUUGGUACUGGAUUGCUGACAGACACGCCCGAUCAAGCCGAGCCAGACUUAUUUGGAGAGUUUUUCAGUCCUAAUCCCACGUCUGUUUCAUCCACAAAUGGUCUGCCUCACCCAUCCUCCAGCUCAGAUUUCUUCAACAUGGGGGCGGCAGGACCACCCGAGUCUUUGAAAGUAUCUUCAUCUGCUAGUCAGCCCGAUCUGAUGAGUAACUGGGAAGUAUGGGCCACCAACACCAGCUCAGCUCCACAGCAGAAUAACCAAGCUGCCUUCAACACUUCAGUACAAAGUUCAAGUUUCACUUCAUCCUCUGCACCUGUGGCUUCAUCAGGUACAUCGUUUGGUCAGUCAAAGUCACAGAGCUUUGAUCCGUUCGCUGAUAUCGGUAACCUUGCCUCAGGUUUAUCAGGUUCGGCGAGUGGAGGGUUCACAUCAGGAGGGACAAGUGCUCAGAAGGCCACCCAGCCAGCAAUGGGCAGCAGUCCGUGGCAAGCAGGUCGGACAUUGGGCGGCAGCACUCCGUCACGGCAGCAGGUACCACCCCCAAGGCCAGCACGGGCAAAAACAGCAGCCCAGAACAAACCUAACUACAACUUGACUUUCAGCGUGAUCGGAAGACGGGAAGAACGAGGCAUUCGAGGGCCUGGAUUUGCAGGACCAAAGCCGAAAGUAUCUGCAAGUGACUUUCAGGAUCUGUUGUCGGAUCAGGGAUUUUCCAGUCUGUCGGAUAAAAGAGGACCAAAAACGAUUGCUGAAAUGCGACGGGAAGAGAUGACUAAAGAAAUGGAUCCUCUCAAAUUAAAGAUCUUUGACUGGAUUGAAGGAAAGGAGAGAAAUAUAAGAGCUUUAUUGUCAACUCUGCAUACAGUACUAUGGGAAGGUGAAACCAAGUGGAAACCCGUGGGCAUGGCAGAUAUAGUAAACCCAGACCAAGUGAAGAAAGUCUAUAGAAAAGCAAUACUUGUGGUUCACCCUGACAAGGCCACAGGUGAGCCAUAUGAAGAGUAUGCCAAGAUGAUCUUCAUGGAGUUGAACGAUGCUUGGACGGAAUUUGAAAAUCAAGGAUCAAAGGCACUCUUCUGAAGUUAUAAACUGGUUGGUUGUGACAAAAGAGGCUGCUCAAAGUGCUGUUUUAUCUUCUCCAGGAAGGGCACUUGCAAAGGAUCGUACCUUCGGAUGUCUUCAUGCUCAUGGAAUAUCACUGCAGAAAUGCUGUUUAAAGUGCACAGUUCCUUUCACAAUGGUUUUUUGCUGCACGUCCUGAAGACAAUCCUACACUGAAACGGAAAUGACAGAAGGGUCAGAAAACCACAUUUUUAACUUUAAAAAAAAUGAUUGCAGUAAAAUCGGGUUGUGAAGCCCUCGCAAAAAUCUCGACUGUUCUUUGAUACAGAGAUGGAAAUGUUUCAAGACACCAGUGGAAGAAUUAAGUAAGAUGAGGUCCAGUUCUAAAAACACAUAGUUGUAGACUUAGUAAGUGCAGUUAAAAUAUUCAACAAUCCUUUACCUUUGAAAGCAAAAAAAAAGAAGCAUUCCUGUUGGCAUGUUGCAUCCCCUCUUCCCACCUUCUCUAGGCUUUGUUCAUAUUUGUUUACCAUGUCUGCCUGUUAAUUUAUCACCCAGCCUUUCGUUUAAUUUCAUUCCCACCCAAAAAAAGGUCACCGGCCAGAAAUGAUGUUCAUUUUCUUUGCCUGUGUGGGCAAUAAUUUAUCUUUUUGACAUUAGAGAUUUCCACGAGCAAGUCCUUGCGUACUCAUUCUUGAUUUUUGUAAUAAUGUAAAGUUACUGUUUGUGAUUAAAUGUUAUGUGCUGUGAAUUACGGGGUUGCCAUACUUUGAAGCAUAAUGCCGAGAGAUGUCACUGACCACAUACUAAGGACCAGCAGAUCAAUGCUGCAGUUUUACCAUGAGGUCAAUGAGUUUCAAGCAUUGACCAGCACCUGUGAGAAAUGAUUUGCAUUAACUUAAAGUGAAGUGAAUGUUAGAUUUAUCUUAUAAAGAAAAUUUGAGUGUAUCCAGUUUGCAUUCCAACCCGAGGGAAUUGCUCUUUGAGCACUACUUUCCACGAGGUGAAACUUAGGAAGAUUUUUCCUGUGUGUUUAGAAAGGAGAAUGUCUUCUGCUGUCCUUUCAAAUGUCUUAUCUCGUGCUCUUUUUUUUUCCAUCUAGAGAUGUUUGAAUAGUUUUUUAUCCUGUAAUUGAAAUGUGUGAUUGCCGAGGCUGUUCAAGAACUGAUAUUGCGUUACAGUAUCAAAGUCCUUUAUAUCUGCCUCUUGAUUUUAAAGUUGGUUUGGAUUCACCCAGAUGUGGCAUUUUGUGCUGAAUUGAUUUGCAGCUUAGUGGAUUUUGGUGCACCAUGUUUUCAUUUGCUUUGUGGGAACCAACAGACAUUCAGCUUUCCCUAUACAACGCGACAGACAUUGUAUUUAUAGAUCUGAAUCAACUAGGCAUGUUUCCAUGGAAAAAUGGAUUCUUGACACAUAUGUUUAUACAAAAUAUGAGUUAAUGACUUGAUUGUUGGUGAAUGAAGAAAAAUGAAUUUGUAUUACAAACACUUCCAAAUAUGGCGUAUUGACACGCAUUUCCUUAAUGUGUUACUCCCAGUAUCCCCUGGUAUUCUAAUGAUUUCUAAACCACUCAUGCCUAUUUGGAUUUUGUUACCGCCAUGCAUGAUACCUUAGCGGAGAGAGAGGAACGAAAUGGGUCAGGCUGCUACUUAUCCACCGUCGGUGCAGCCGUGCAUUGUAAAGUACAUCUCCCAUUCACAUUUUUUUCACCAGUCUGCAAGGAGCUUUAUUUACAACCAGAACGAAACUGUCCAACCCAACGUCCACCAUUUGAAUUUGAAGUGGGAAUUCACCCAGCCAUGUGUGUUUAUCAUGGGAUGUCCAGUGCAGAUCCUGACACCAGGACACUAGACCACACAGUAUUUAACCCAGAAGCCACACUUCUGAUACCAUUGUGUUGAAGAAUGUUAACCUUACAAAACUGUAUAUGGUGUGAGACUCGUAAGUUUUUCAGAUGGGCAGAAGUUUUAUCACGUAACUGUUUGAGAAUAAUAAUGAACAAAGGCCUGUAAUGUGGCUUCUGGGAUCGUUUCAAAGCUGAACUGUUAGCAUGCAGUUAGCAACACUACAGCUCCACGAAGCAGAUACUCAUGGUAUCUUUUUUUUGGUAUUGGUUUGAAAUGGUGUGGCUGAAAUGUUUCCUGAAAGAGUACACAUGAAGGCUGAAGCAAGAUCCAAGUUUUUCGUAAAUUUGUAUAUUUUGGCAUUGUGUAAUGAAGGAUACGUCAUGUAAUUUUUUUUUCUGGGAACAAGGAGUUAAAUAGGAAGCGAUAUAUAGCAGGGGCCUUGCAUUGCUGGAUGGGACACUCCUUAGAUAGGAUUGGAUGGGCAGAUAUUAGGCAUUGCAGCCAUUUUAAAGCAUUAAGAGUAAAUUUCAAGUGCAAAAGGGGAGAUGUUUGCUCUUCAGUUUACCUUAAUUUAUGGGAAAUAAUUUGAUUGCACAAUUACUUUUAAAUCUAAUAUAGUCUUAAUCUGUGUAAUUCUUAGGGGAUAUAUUGAAGGGAUUUGCAUAAAAUCUUAUUUUGGACAGCUAUCAGAAAAUAUGUUACGCAAGUUGCAUUUUUAAUAUGGAAAUAUUGUAUUAUCUAUAGAUUGUACAACACCAUAUAUGUAUAUAUAGAACAAACUGAAUUGAAGCCUCAAACAUUGUUAGAAAGGUUUCGUGUAAGAAACAUAAUAUAAACUUUGUUAAUUUAGUCACAUACUUCUUUAUCUGGAAAUAAGUGUCUUAUUUGUGAAUGACUUUAAUGGCUAAUAAAACAAGAUUGAUUUAUUUAGUUGUGUGCUGCCUCACUUCUCAAGUCUACCAGAUUAAGUUUGCAUAAAAUGUGCCGGAUUUUGUUUUGUGCAUUUAUUGUGACGUGCACACAUCUUUUCCUUAUUUGAGCUCUCGGUUAUUGCCUCUAUAAAAUCAGUUAAAUUAAUUAAUUGUUUUAUUCACUUGAUUGAUAUGAGGUCAGCAAGGUGGGCUAACAUUUAAUUGACCAUCACUAACUGCCCUUGAAAAGGUGCUGGUGAGCUGGCUUCUUGAACCACUGCAGUCCUUGGGAUGUGGGGACAAGUACAAUGCUGUUGGUGAGCGAGCUGUGAGAUUUUGACCCGCGAUGAUGAAAGAAUGGCAAUAGUUCAGUUUAAUUUAUUAUUAUCACGAGAUACAAUGAAAAGCUUUUUGUGCGAGCUAUCCACUCAAAGAAAAUACCAUAUGU